AUGCCAGCUGUGAUCAGCAGCAUCCCACCCUGCCAACCCCUGCUUCUCCUGGCCAGAGACUGCUGGGAGGAGCCGCCCUGGGGGACACCCUGUGCUGAGCUCCUUGUCUUUGUCUCCACGCCGGACUGCGAUGGGUAUCCCAGCCUGGACUCCAAGGAAGGCUAUAAGCUGUCCAUCUCAGGAGGUUCCAUGCUGCUCUCUGCUGAUACUGUCUGGGGAGCUCUCAGAGGCCUGGAGACGUUCAGCCAGCUCGUUGGGAGAGAUGAGAACGGCACGUACUAUGUCAACGAGACAGAAAUCGUGGACUUUCCCCGCUUCCCUCACCGGGGACUGUUGCUGGACACCUCUCGUCACUACCUGCCUCUGAGAGCCAUCCUGGAAACUCUGGAUGUCAUGGCUUACAACAAGCUCAACGUGUUUCACUGGCACAUUGUUGACGACCCAUCUUUCCCCUUUGAGAGCCAGACCUUCCCAGAGCUCAGCAAGCAGGGAGCCUUCAGUGCCAUGAGCCACGUGUACACAGCCAGCGACGUGCAGACGGUGAUCGAGCACGCCCGGCUGAGGGGCAUCAGGGUGCUUGUGGAGUUUGACACUCCUGGGCACACCCUCUCCUGGGGUCCAGGUGCUCCAGGCCUUCUCACUCCCUGCUACUUGGGUGAGCAUCCUUCUGGCACCUAUGGGCCCAUCAACCCCAUCCUUAACAGCACCUACCAGUUUGUGACCAGCUUGUUUAAAGAGGUCAGCGCUGUGUUCCCAGACUUCUUCCUUCACCUGGGUGGUGAUGAGGUGGACUUCACGUGCUGGAAAUCCAAUCCAAAAAUUCGUGCCUUCAUGAAGGAGAUGGGCUUUGGUGAAGAUUACAGAAAGUUAGAGUCAUUCUACAUUCAGAGGCUUCUGGACAUCGUCUCUUCCCUCGGCAAAGGUUCUGUUGUGUGGCAGGAGGUGUUUGACAAUGCAGUGAAGGUGAGGCCAGACACCAUCAUCCACGUGUGGAAGGAGGACUCCUCGCGGUACAUGGAGGAGAUGGCCAAUGUCACCAAGGCUGGCUUCAGGGCUCUGCUCUCUGCCCCCUGGUACCUUAACCGCAUCACCUACGGGCAGGACUGGAUGGCAGCCUACCAGGUGGAGCCCUUGGAGUUUGAAGGCACCCCUGAGCAGAAGGAGCUGGUGAUUGGUGGAGAGGCCUGCAUGUGGGGUGAAUAUGUGGACGUCACGAACCUGGCCCCCAGGCUCUGGCCAAGAGCUGGAGCUGUAGCUGAGAGGCUGUGGAGCAACGGGACCGUCAGGAACCUGCAGGACGCCUUCGCGCGGCUGGCCGCCUUCCGCUGCACCCUCCUGGGGCGGGGUGUCCAGGCACAGCCUCUCUACGUGGGAUACUGUGACCAUGAAUUCGGCGCGUUCUGA